CGUCCCUCACUUUAACUUUUUCCUUUCUUUGAGACCGAUUGAAGGAGACUGGAGGAAGCUCAUCCUCGGCAGAAUGCGAACUUCCACCGCGACCUCACACCUCCUUUUGGCUGUUCUGGUGAAGCUGGUACCUGCGCAGGUAACCCAGCCAACAUUACCACAGAUCCAACCAGCAGAAGAGGGCCAGUCUGGAGUGAUGAGUUUGGAGGAUGUGCUGUUGAAGAGCAUGUGUCAGCCCAUGGAGCAGCUGGUGGAUGUGGAGCACGAGUUCCCCAAUGAAGUAGAGUACACCUACAUACCGCCUUGUGUCCCACUUUGGCGGUGCUCUGGCUGCUGUAUGGAUGAAAUUUUGGAGUGCCAUCCCACCCUUGAACGCAACAUCACUAUGGAGAUGAUGAGGAUUUCUCACGGACAUGUGGACAGUGUUAAUCUCACAUUCGUAGAGCAUGUGCAGUGUGAGUGCAGAGUACGUCAGGAACCCCCGAAUAAUGAAAGCAGCGGGUCUCUCAAGAAGAAACCUCGGAAGAGGAGACACAAGAAGGCAGCGAGCGGCUGUAGAAAGUGCCAUAUUCCCCACACCUAGAUAAAUCGUCACUGAUUCACACAGUUUACUUUGGAGUGCUGCCUUUGGGAGUGGGAAACAGCAGAAUUGAUCAAGCCUGUCCACGGCAUUCCUUUAUUUGUUUGAUUAAUUGUCAAAGCAAAUGAACAUAUAGUGCAUGUCUGCAGGCUCUGUUGUCACUGGCUGCAUUUUUUUUGUCAAAACCUGUGUCAGUUUUAUAAAGAUCAAGCUGAUCUUUUGUGUUUUUUUGGUACUGAAUAUAAAAUUGGCAUAAAGACGAGUGUUGGAACGCUGAGAGCUUUUCGGAUGCCAAGGACAGGAAUGAAUGCUUUAUAUUAAGAGUUCACAGAUUAACUUUGAGAUCAGUCUAAACAUUCACAGAUAAGUCAGAGGCUGCCUUCAUGAUUUCAUGUUCAGUAUGACUCAUUGCUGUAAAACCAAUUCAGCAAUGUAAGGAUGUGACUGUGUAUUUGUGGUGUUAUUAUUGUCUUAUAUUAUUAUCUUUUGGUAAGCACUGAAACCAUGCUUCCUAAUUAUGGGAUAAGUUCAUGAAAUAAAAUG